UAUCAUUACCAUAUGAUCUAAUGUGGGUGUCAGCCGGGUAGUGUUCAUUGAGGGAAACCUUAUUUUUUAUCUGGGCUAUGGAGUAGAAGCAGGAGAUUUUCAACCUAGUGACAGGCACAGAGCAGCACCUACCCCCUCCUCCUUCCCACACCUGCAAACUCUUUGCUUGGGCCGAAUAUUUAGUGUAAUUACAUCUCAGCUUUGAGGGCUCCUGUGGCAAAUCCCCGGAUUAAAAGGUUCUUUGGUUGUGAAAACAUAUGAGAUAAGUCAUGAAGGCAACUAUCAUCUUUCUUCUGCUUGCUCAAGUUUCCUGGGCCGGACCUUUCCAACAGAGGAGCAUAUUUGACUUUUAUGACCUCAUGCAAGCAGAUGAGGCUUCUGGGAUAGACCCAGAAAAUCCCACUUCUUAUGAUGCUGACUUUGAGCCUCUGGGGCCAGUGUGUCCCUUCCGCUGCCAAUGCCACCUUCGAGUUGUCCAGUGCUCUGAUUUGGAUCUAGACAAAGUGCCAACAGAACUUCCCCCUGACACUACGCUGCUGGACCUGCAAAACAACAAAAUAACUGAAAUCAAAGAUGGGGACUUUAAGAACCUGAAGGACCUUCAUACAUUGAUUCUUGUCAACAACAAAAUUAGCAAAAUCAGCCCUGGAGCAUUUACACCUUUGGUGAAAUUGGAACGACUCUAUCUGUCCAAGAAUCAGCUGAAGGAAUUGCCAGAAAAUAUGCCCAAAACUCUUCAGGAGCUUCGUGCACAUGAGAACGAGAUCACCAAAGUGGGAAAAUCUGUGUUCAAUGGAUUGAACCAGAUGAUCGUCAUAGAACUGGGCACCAACCCACUGAAGAGCUCGGGGAUUGAUAAGGGGGCCUUCCAGGGAAUGAAGAAGCUCUCCUACAUCCGCAUCGCUGACACCAACAUAAACGCCAUCCCUCAAGGUCUUCCUCCUUCCCUUACUGAAUUACAUCUCGAUGGCAACAAAAUCACCAAAGUUGAUGCAGCUAGCCUGAAAGGACUGAAUAAUUUGGCUAAGUUGGGACUGAGCUUCAACAGAAUCUCUGCUGUUGAAAAUGGCUCUCUGGCCAACACUCCUCACUUGAGAGAACUUCACUUGAACAACAACGAGCUUCUCAAAGUGCCUGGUGGGCUGGGGGAACAUAAGUACAUCCAGGUUGUCUAUCUUCAUAACAACAACAUCACUGCAGUUGGAACUAAUGACUUCUGCCCACCUGGAUUCAACACUAAAAAGGCUUCUUAUUCAGGAGUGAGCCUUUUCAGCAACCCAGUUAAGUACUGGGAGAUCCGGCCAGCCACCUUCCGAUGUGUCUAUGUGCGCUCCGCCAUUCAGCUUGGAAACUACAAGUAACUCCCAACAAAGCCCUUAUUGUUAUAACCUGGCAAAAUCCCAUUAAUGCCAUUGCUCAAAAAAGAAAAAAAAAAAAAAGAAGAAAAUGAAAGCCAGAUACUGAAAUCUUAACUGCAAUGUGGAUGUUUUUCCCACAUGACUUAUCAUGCGUAAAGCCAAAUAUGCAGUUAAAAUAAUUGCCUACAAUAAAAAAGUUUUGCCUGUCAUUUCAGAAUCCUUUUUUGAAGCUUUCUGUUAAUGUUAACUGAGCUAUUGCAGAUAUUCUUAGUUCACUAAAUGUAAAAUUUGGAGAAAAUAUGUAUGUCCAAAAUUUAGUAAAGCUUUUCUUAACAAUUUUCAGAAGAAAUUAAAUUUUAAAAGUAUCAAUCUUCUGUAACUUAUAGGAUGGUUAGUACCUUUGACAUAAAGUCAAAAGUCAAAUUCUAGCUUUGUAUUAAUCCCCAUUAUUACUGGAAAAGCCUUAUUUGAAUAUGUAAAUUCAACACAGGCUAUGUAAAAAUUUUGCUGUCAUUAUUUUGAAAAAAAUAAAUUCACAAGUUCACAUUCAAAAUA